ACUUCCUGAGUUCAGGAGCUUUAUUGUAGUUUGGAGUCGCUAAGACUCAGAAGUGAACGUAGCAGCGCACAUACAUCGCUCUGAAACAGUUUAUUUUUUACAUUUUCAUUCCAUUAUCCUAUGAAUUGUUUAUUUGUGUAAAUAGAUUUUUCUAUUUUUAUGACGAGACAUCAAAGAAGAUGGAACUUAAUUCUCUUUUAAUUCUGCUGGAGGCUGCAGAGUAUUUGGAGAGACGAGACAGAGAGGCAGAGCACGGCUAUGCGUCGGUUUUACCCUACAGCAACGACUAUUCCCGAAAGAAAACAAAACCUACGACAAUUUCCAGAAAAUCUCCGAACAACAGGUCAUCGCACAACGAACUGGAGAAACACAGACGUGCCAAACUACGGCUCUACUUGGAGCAGUUGAAGAAGCUGGUGCCUCUGGGUCCAGACAGCACGAGACACACCACCUUGAGCUUGCUGAAGCGGGCCAAAAUGCACAUUAAGAAGCUGGAAGAGCAGGACAGGAAGGCUUUAAAUGUGAAGGAGCAGCUUCAGAGAGAGCACCGCUACCUCAAACGCCGCCUUGAGCAGCUCUCCGUGUCGGGAUCCAUGGAGCGCAUCCGCACCGACAGCAUGGGCUCCACCAUUUCCACCGACUCGGAGCAAGAGGUGGACAUCGAGGGCAUGGAGUUCACUCCUGGCGAGGUGGACAGCAUAGACAGCAUCAGCGACGGCGAGGAGGACCACUACAGCCUCCAGAGCAGCUCCAGCGACACCAGCUACACGGCCACACAUUCCCACAGACUGCAGCUGCAACACUGUUAGGCACCACUGGUCCACCCCCGCCACCACCACCACCACCACCACCACCACCCUUUCCUGUCCUUGCUCUCCUACAUUUUCAGUUGCCAACACCUUCUACCCAUUCCUGGAACCCUCCCCCUAAUGUUGCUGAAGGCUCAAAGACCACAGAAACAGAGUUAGUCGGUUUCAUCUGAUGUUUCUCAAGGGAGGUGAAGAGCUUUGACCUGUUAAUCGGUGAUUUGUGUGUGUGUGUGUGUGUGUGUGUGUGUGUGUGUGUGUGUGGUGUGUGUGGCUCAGACAGGGUUUGCACUAAGUUUGGGAUUUAAAAGGAAACAACAAAUAGCACUUGUUUUGUAGAGCAAUACAUGCAACACCAGAACCUCAAAAACUUAAUUUUUUCCAUUUAGUGCCUACAUUUUUUUACCUAGAUGCUCAGAAGUCACUGCUGCGGAUCAGCUGGACAUUUCACUGUCAACAGCCUAGAUUUAGAAGGAUUUACUUUGUCGGGUAAAUGAGAAGAGAGAUUAUGUUUAAACCUACACACACCUGUAACGUUUCUUACAAUUUACGACCAUAAAUUGCAGCUUACGGACCGUAUUUGGAUCGGACGUGUAGUUCCAGUUAGACAAGCAGGUCCUAACCUUUUGGUGUGAUUGUUCACUCAGGCUGGGUCCGGUUCCUACCAUUGACGCCAUCUUAAGCGCCCCCGAGGCAGGGCUCCUAUUGAACUCUGGCUAGAACGGUUUUCGGUUUGGGACCGGGGCGUUGUGAAAAGCGGCGGAGCUGCAGCAGAGCAGAAUAAACGUGUAAAUAGAUGUACAGUACCUGUCCCAGACCCUCGUCUCCCUCUGGUUGGGCUGCCUAACCACUACCCCCGCACUACUGACCACUACACUAUACCACCCAGCGGCGUGGACGGAUGGACGGACUACUACGUCGGAGAAACGAAGGAGCUGUCUCACAGCUAGAAAUCUCGUGUUUUCUUCUCAGUAGCUAAUCGAUGUAGCAAUAAAAGUACGAGAGGCUUCCUCUGAGGAUCGAGUCCACCCGGGCGGACCGAGAGGUGUUAGCGAGAGACUUUGUUUUUACGCUCGACGAGCCGACCUGCAAUUCACUAAUUGUUCCGUCUGCCCCCCCACCCCCCACCCCCACCCCACCCACCCAAAAUAUGACACCUCUCUGCAGCUCUGUCACUUUUCUGUUGGUUUGCUUCUCUGAUUAACAGGUCAAAGCUGGAAAUGUGGGCUUAAAGAAACAAAAAGUGUUCAGCUUAGCCGAAUAACGGUGGAUCCACGUGAAUUUUACUCCUCUGUUACUUUCUCCCCCUCUGCUUCGGGUUCUGCUGAAAAUCUGCACAACUGAAAGGUUUUUCCUCCUCACCCGACUAAACGUCUGCACAGUAGUCACUAUCGACGGACGAGGCGCUCGCGUUGCUCUCUGAUCACUUAUUAAUAACAUUAAUGAUAAUAAUCAGUAUCCCGCCAGUCUCUUGCAGUCUUUAGCGCUUUUAGCACUUUAAUAAAACGACACAAAACGCGGCCUGUCCACUGAGGCAGGUCUGACCAAAAAAAUUUAAAAAAAGUCAAAAAUCGUGCAAACAAAAGAAGCUCCUCGUCACCUGAAGUGGCACCAGCUCUAGUGUAGUCUAUAUUUCUUGUAUUGGAUUUUGUAUUAUAUUUUCCUAAAUGUCCUCUUAUUCUAUAAAAAGAAAAAAAACAGUGAGUAUAUCGAUCUAUAUCUAUAUAUGUACAUGAGAGACGGACAGACAGGAGGCCAGGCUUGUUGAAGGGAGAGUGGGGGCGGGGGAGCUCCUACACUGACCCCUCUCUCAUGGGCGACUCUCCUGCUGUCAUUCUGUGCCUUGAUGAGCCUCCUCCCUUCUCCUCACCCCUACUCAGGUCACGCUCCCCUCCUCGCACCCCUCCUUCAUUUUGUUUCCCUGCGGCGGUCAUUUCAGCCCAAAACGCAAAACACUUCAACGAGAACGUGGUGUGUGACCAGAAGACCAGAACCCGCCCUUGUCUGCCGGUGCCACCUCCCCCAUCACCCCCCCCCCCCCCCUGUCAUGGCAAAACUAAAACACACUGGUAAAACUCCCAUGGCAGCUUCCAGGCACACCCCCCUCCCUCUCCUGAACAGCCACCAGUGGGACGGGGUUUUGAUCGUCUGGGCUUGAAGCGUGUUAACCUCUUUUUUGUUUUAUUUUUAUUUUGUGUGUGUGUUUGUUGAUUACAUGUGUUUGUUGAAUGGGAGCCACUGGGAGAGGAGCGAUUUAAAGAAUAAUAUCAAUGGCAGCUUAAGGUGAUAUCCUCCCUUCUCCCAGUGGUCCGUCCCAAAAAGACGAAAUAAAAAAGUGUUAGCCGCUGAUCAGGGGACCUCUUCACACAGCAAUAUUACCAUCCUGUGCUUUCUGA